AUGUAACAUAGAUUAUUUAAGCCAUGUGUGAAACAAAAUUGAACUGUAGCACGGGAAACAAGAAAGAUCGCAGAGUCCUAAGAAAAAACAAACAUAUGAAAUUAGUGCUUCCGUGUGUUGAAACUGUAUACACUCUCAUCAGACUACUGUCAUCGCACGUUACAUUCGACUUUUGGACUUGUUUUGUCUAAAGACAAUGAAGCUGUUGUAUCACGUUUCUUCCUCACUACCUUAAUUUUACCAAAUGUGAAAAAUAUAUUGACCGCGGUUACCGUUGCAACCAGCAAAGGUGAUUCAACACCCGUCCUCAACGGCAUUUAAUUAUCAGUGUAAUCAACCACUUGCCAACAUGCAGUGUUUUCUUUGUCCCUUUUGCAACGGGACAAACGUCAGAAACACACCGAGUCGCGUCAUUUUUCGUUUGCAUUUCAGAGGAAAUUUCUCAGUCACUGAUGAUUUCCACCCACCACUGUGCAAGCAGGUGCUCUGUCAGUAAUGGCACAUAAUUGCGAUGACGUCGUGGAAAGAGCUAUCAUUGUAGCACGUAGGUCUUAAUUCAUUUCUGUUCUGAAAAUCGCACUUAAAAUGCAGAUCUCCUGAAAGCCUGUAAUUUACUCGUUUUAAACAACGCCAGGGAACAAAGGCAGCUGGUGAUCAGACCAAAAUGUCACUAUUUUUUUAUUGUUUUGAAAUAGUUCCUGCCUCACAAAGACAACCCUGACGACUCAAUAAUAAUCUACGAGUUUCGAGAUCCUAUUUUUUUCCUCCUUUAUCAUUUAAUUUCUUAUAUACUGAUGAACAACUUCGGCAAGAAUAAAACCGCUGCUAAAAUACUGCAUAAAUUGAAAACGAAAGACCUAAAUAAAUAAUAAGAGCAUAAUAACUGACAACGUUAAAAAAAUUGACUAAUCUAGCAAGCGCGAGACUUCAGUCUCAAUAAUACGUCGUUCACCGGCAGAGGAGCCGGCUUUUGACCGCUUCUUGUCCGCUCAAAAUAAUUCCAUGUUCGAUCGAGUACUGGCAAUAAAUGCCACUAACUUGGAACGUUACCUGCGAAUGGAGCAGGUGAUCGCGGCGCUUUGAAUGAAAACAAACACUGACAAAGCACCGUGACGUGUGAAUGGAAACAAAGAAAUGCAUCAAGUAAUUUUCGCUUCUCCAAAGACUGGCUGUGAAAAGGGAGGGCAUUCCGGCUUCAAACAACCGUUCAGUUACAAAUGCAUCCAAAAGCUACACAUAGGAACUUUAUUACGUGCGGAAGAGUAGUUUAAACUACAUACUGAAAAAGCUCAUUCCCAAUUUCGUUUUAAUUGAAUUUUGUUUUAUCUUUUUGUAGUCUGGAAAACUACUCAUGUACACAUGUGGCAAUUUUAUUUUCACGAUGAUUUUAAAAUUUUCACUGCUACUUUCCUUGAACUAUGUCUCUAACUUUUAUCAGACAACGUAAAUUCCAGGUUUUGGUCAGUACCGCUACGCUCUACGGCUGUAAGGCUCCCAGCGAUUAACCGAACAGCCCACAAGAAAAAGACCUAUGUACCUGUGUGGUAUCCUUUUGUACCCCUUCUUUGUUUAUUUGUUUGUUUGUUUGUUUGUUCGUUUGGUCAAAGCAUGAGGUGUAUCUCCAAACAACCGACUGAUCCCAGGUAUCGCCAUGACGACAAGCUCACUGGACAAAUUGAAGACGUUUGUCUCAGUUCUGAGCGGACGUUGCCGUCUUAAAACCUUUUCGACGAAAGAAAAAUGAUCAUUCUGCUCGCCCCCUUUACUAAGAGCUCCCGUAAUAUUUAUUUUCUUUCCAUCCUAAUGCUACAAUUGGUAAUGGUGAAAUCAUUUCGACGAGUCGUCUAUUUGCUAAUACGCUUUCCAGUCGUGUGGAAUUCAUGUCCAACAGCAAAGACUAUUCAAAUUGACUGAUCGACACAAAUCUUUAACAGCUUGACUUCCAAACGGUCCUAACAUCCCUUGUAGGCGGUCUUUUGAUUACAUUAAGUGCACUCUACACUGAAUAGAUAACAUCUCACGGAAUUUGCCGCGACUAAAACCAUAAAGCAUCUUGAAUUUUUACAUCUAGUCAUUUUUGCUCGAAGGAAAUUAAAACAGAAACCAAAGAACAGUAAAACGAAAAACGUCAUUUAAUGAAUGAAAAUUUGUUUCAAUCUCUGUUUUCAUUCUAUUUGCCGCCAUCGCUUUCACAAGCUGUUUUAGAAAGGUGUCUGGCAUCAUAAAUAUUAUUCAAGAAAUAUUAUUCUUCGCUUUUAGCUCAAGCAAAACGAAUCAUAGUAUUAGCUUCGCUGCGACAAAAGUAAUAUUAUUAUCCUGAAAAACAAAAAAACAUGUCCUAUUAAACACCUCGACAGGAAAAAAUUCUAAUUUGAAGUUCGGCCCUAGCCAAUGACAUCAAAGCUUUCACUAUAGCAACUCCUCUAAUUAAACUGCAUUGUUUCAAGCUCAUUACAAAUUCCUGUAACUCGGGAAACAUCGCAAAGACGACAGUGUUGCAGUGUUUGUCUAGUUUUCAAUGCAUGUUCCCCAACCGCGACUCGUGUUCUGCAGCUUUCCGAGCUUAGGACAGUGUGCGGGUCGGACGGACGGUCAGGAUUUUAUCUCUGGGGAUUUGAAACACAGAUCGCUUCCCCCGCAGGUGCACGGACAUGGCCUCACGAACGAAAUGUUUCUCAUUCCGUUCGGAGGCCCAGUAGGCACAGCAUAAUGGCUACCGAGUAUGAAUUAAUCUCUACCGUGGUUCAUCAACAAGGAGAAUAGUAACCGAUCUGCUUCGAUACAAUAAUGGGAAGUGGAAUCUCAAAGAAACAAAGUGAAACGCCACCGUGUCCUACAAAGAGAAAAAACAAGAAGGACGCACAUCAUUUAAAAAGCUUGACGGAGCAUACUGAAGGAAUAAACGCAAUGUGUAUGAGUCCUGAUGGUAGCACCGUCGUCACUGUUUCCGAAGAUACGACGGGACGACUUUGGGACACUAAGACAGAAGAAUGUGUGGGGUUACUACAGGGUCAUAAAAGUUAUAUUACAAGCGUGUGGGUAACGGAAAGGUAUAUCUUCACCAGCUCUGCCGACAAGACUGUUAGAAAGUGGAACUUGGAAAGCGGUGCGUGCAUUAAGACGUUUCUCGGCCACAUCUCGAAUGUAAACCGAGUCAUCUGCUCUGGGGAUUUAGUAUUUUCGAGCUCGUACGACAAAACAGUAAAGUGCUGGCACGCCGACACGGGCGAAUGCCUUCGAACUUUUCGCGGCCAUCGCUUGUCCGUGACUCCUCUUCUACUUGUGUCUGAUUCCAGUCGCGGAGCAGCUUGCGAUUUGGAAAACAACGAUGACAUUCUUAUCUCGGGUUCGGCCGAUAGCACAGCGAAAAGCUGGGGAAUGAACUCGAAUGAGUGCCUUGUUACUUACAAAGGACAUGCCGGGGCUGUAACAUGCCUGGCUGUCGACGGGAAAGGGAAGACAUUAUUUACAGGUUCGGCGGACAGUACAAUUCGUUCAUGGGAUCUGUUAACUGGAGCUCCAAUAAAAACCUUUACAGGUCACCAAGGUGCGAUAAUACAAAUUCAGGUUGUUAACAAACUGAUGUACUCAUGCAGUGCUGACCAUACUGCAAAAUGCUGGGUGGUUGAAUUUGGUGACUGCACACGUACAUACAAGGGACACAAGCACACAAUACAUAGUCUAUUCUUCCAGGAAGGCCUUUUGUUUACCUGUUCUGGGGACAGCACUGUAAAAGUGUUCGAGUCAAAAUCUGGCACGUGUAAGAGGACAUUCACUGGCCAUUGUGGUCCAGUUAACUGUUUUACUGUCACACAAGGGAAGCUUUACACUGGCUCUCAUGAUGCAAGCAUGAGAAUUUGGAAUUGCACAAAACUUCGAGAUGAUGAAGAUGACAUAUACAAUAAUAUCCAAGAGAAUGGAAGAGCAAAAAAGUAAAACCAUGCUGCAAAAAACAAACAAAAUGAAUCCAUGUCACCAUCCCCAAUACAUGUUGCUUCCACAUACCUUUUCGUUAUUUCAUAGAGGCAAAGGGCAGUUUGGGUACACCCUUUUGUUACUUGGUUGAUUUAAAUUUUGACCAUUAUUCAAGUUGAAUUAAAAAAAAAAAGAAGAAAUUUUCACCUGUACACAUCUA